GAUCAACCCCUCCAGUUGGCGGUUCUGUAACCCCUAGUUCAAGUUUAUUAUGAACUCUUUUACCGAUGAGGCGACAUCAGCUCUUGACGUGAACAUAAAUGCUUUGGCCGGCUUGCCACAACCGCCAAGCUCUUGCUCUCAAUUUAGGAACACAGGCAGCGACUCGCCCGUUCUUCUUGAAAAUGAGUUUUAUUCGCCAGAAGACUGUUCGGAAAACGACGAAGGCUCAAGAACGCCGAAACCGUCUGUCGAAUGCGUCGUUUGCGGUGAUAAAUCUUCUGGAAAGCAUUACGGUGUUUUUACUUGUGAAGGCUGUAAGAGUUUCUUCAAACGAAGCAUUCGACGAAAUCUUUCGUACACGUGCAGGGGGUUCAAAAAUUGUCCGGUGGAUAUCCAACACAGAAAUCACUGUCAGUACUGCAGGCUGAAGAAGUGUAUGAAAGUUGGCAUGAGAAAGGAUGCUGUCCAGAAAGGUCGCAUCUCCACAACGCAAUCCGACACUGCAAGUUCUCUCCAAAUGGGUCUAGCGGACAUGCGCAAUCCUCAGUCCUUCUAUUCAAGUUACAUCACACUUUUACUCCGCGCCGAUACGAUCGCGCGUUACCAACAGUCCCUCGGGAUUCCCGCUAACAUUGCGGGACUGGAGAGCGCUUCUGAACUGGCUGCAAGACUAUUGGUUUCCAUCGCAGAAUGGGCGAAGAAUAUUCCAUUUUUCUCAGAGUUUACACUACCUGACCAGUCAAUCUUACUACGCUCGUGUUGGAGUGAACUGUUCAUAUUAAACGCUGCCCAGCACUGUUCGCCGUUUCACAUGGCGCAACCACUGACCAUAAGCGCACUGACGCCUCCGUCAAGCACUGAUCUAUUAGCAGUUAACAGCAAUGGAUCAAUGGCUUUCGAUUCAGCAGAAAAUCUCAGAUUAUUCGAAGAACAAGUUGAAAAGCUCAAGAAUCUGCAUAUAGACUCUGCUGAGUUCUGUUGUCUCAAGGCCAUCAUUCUUUUUAAUCCAGAUUCUCAAGGACUCGCCAACUGUUCUCAUGUGGAAGGCCUUCAGGAACGAACCCAAUGUGCAUUGGAGGAUUAUAUUCGAACCCAGUACCCCAACCAGCCAACGCGUUUUGGCAAACUCCUGCUCAGACUACCCUCGCUGAGGUUGAUUCGCCCUGGGACGGUGGAAGGACUCUUCUUUCCGCCAAUCGGUUUGGGAAACACGGUGGAAAGUGCUUUGAAUGAAUUACUGGUCAUUACCACGACUGCUGUAAGCUCUCCUAAUAAUUGGCAGACAGCGGUGUUUCCCAAUGGUAACGUGAGCACAAUGUCUAUGAACGGUACUUCUGUGAUAUGAUUAGUAUAUUGAGGUACAAUCAAUAUAAACAUGUAUGGUACCACUGUUGCAUAGUAAAAAAUUGAAUUAUGUAUUUGAAUUGAUAAUCAAUGAAACUAAUAACCGUUUUACGCGGCACCUGGUAGGUAGAUAUAUUGUCAGUAGAUUUCGAAGAUAAUGAAAUAUUAUGUAGUUACCACGGGAUACACGGUUUUGCUCCACUUUCACCCGAGUCACUGCGUCCUGUUUUGGCGGGCUUUCACUGGAGUGACUGCAUCAUCAUUUGCCGGCUUCCCACAGCUGCGUCUGUUUUCCUGUGCUCGCCACUCAGGAUUAAAGGCUCUAGCACACUCUC